ACCUAAGCGACACAGGAGUGCGCGUCACGUUUCGUUUCUCUUUCCGGUAUUGCUCGUUGGGAAGGUUAGUCGCGUCCUCGUUCCUCGUCGUUCUCCACCCGACAAAAUGACAUCGAAGGUCUCCCGUGACACUCUUUACGAGUGCGUGAAUGCCGUGCUCCAAAACUCGCAAGAUAAGAAAAGGAAGUUCUUGGAAACCAUAGAGUUGCAGAUCGGUUUGAAGAACUAUGAUCCGCAGAAGGACAAGCGUUUCUCGGGCACUGUCAAGUUGAAGAAUAUUCCCAGACCAAAAAUGCAAGUAUGUGUUCUUGGCGACCAGCAGCACUGCGACGAAGCUAAAGCUAAUAAUAUUCCGUACAUGGAUGCGGAAGCGCUGAAGAAACUUAACAAGAAUAAAAAGCUCGUCAAGAAACUCGCAAAAAAAUACGAUGCGUUCUUGGCUAGCGAGUCAUUGAUCAAGCAAAUUCCCCGUCUUCUCGGUCCUGGUUUAAAUAAGGCCGGUAAAUUCCCUGGGCUGUUGUCUCACCAGGAAUCGAUGGUUGGCAAAAUCGAUGAAGUUAAGGCCACCAUUAAAUUCCAGAUGAAAAAGGUGUUGUGUCUGUCGGUAGCCGUCGGACACGUUGAUAUGACACCCGAUGAGAUGGUGCAAAAUGUCCACCUCUCGAUAAACUUCCUUGUUUCCUUGUUGAAGAAACACUGGCAGAAUGUACGUUCGCUUCACAUUAAGUCUACCAUGGGACCACCACAGAGGCUGUACUAAGUUGCACUUGGUACGAUACAUUUCGAAUGUAUAUUCGUUGUAAUAAAACUGACAAAAGAAUCAAUAAAUUUGCUCUUCUUUCUCA